UUUGUACACCUGGAUUUUGCGAGUUCCUGCCAUUCUUCAUUGUAAAUCCUCUCUAGUUGGGUCAGGUUUGAUGGAGACCGUCGGUGGACAGCCACUUCCAGGUCUCUCCAGAGAUGUUUAAUAAGGUUCGAGUCAGGGCUCCCACUGGGCCACUCUAGAACAUUCACAGAGUUGUCCCCAAGCCUUUCUGGGGUUGUCUUGGCUGCGUGCUUAGGGUCAUUGUCAUGUAGUAAGAUGAACUUUUUGCCCAGUCAGAGGUCCUGAGCGCUGUGGAGCAAGUUUUUAAAGCAUAUCUCUUUACUUUGCUCCAUUCAGAUUUCCCCCAACCCUGACCAUAGUAUUGGGCAGGUGAUGAGCGGUGCCUGGUUUCCUCCACACAUAAUGUUUAGGACGAGCCAAACAGUUCAAACCAGUAAAUCUUGUUCCAGACAGUCAGAAAUUUUUUCAGGUGCCUGUUGGCAAACUCCAAGCAAGCUCCCAUAGGUUUUGCACUAAGGAAAGGCUUCUGCCUAGCCACUCUUUCAGAAAGCCCUGAUCAGUUGCAGUGAGGUGGUCUUUCUGUCUUUCUUGGUCAUCUCUCUUACUAAGGCUCUUCUCUCCAGAUUGCUCGGUUUGGCUAGGUGACCAGCUCUGAGACUAGUUCUGGUUGUGCCACAAUUCUUCCUUUUGAGAAUUAUAAAGGAAACUGUGCUCAUAGGUAUCUUCAGUGAAGCAGAAAUUCUUUUUUAUCCUUCCCUAGAUCUGUACCUUCUCAAAAACAAUCCUGUCUCUGAGCUUUUAAGUGGUUCCUUUGACCUCAUGGCUUUGUUUUUGCUCCAAUAUGCAUUGGCAGCUGUGAGGCCUACUAUAGAGAGGAAAACCAGGUGGAGUAGCAAAAGUGAUCAUGGCAGUAGGAUGUGGACACCUGUGGACCGUGAUCUUGCUUUGCCUUAUUGGCCAAACAGCAGCAUUCGGAGAGCUGGACGAGCGUGACUGGGAGUAUCUGGGAUCUGAUGUGGCUUCGUUACACAGACUAAAAGGACUGGCUAAUCGCUUCAAACACCAACCCAUAAGAGUCCAGCAUGAUUACAAGCUGAGGACUCCACGGGAAUCAGAUGGCUAUUAUGAAGCCUUACAGCGACACAGCAAAUGGAAUAACCGGAAUAAAGGGUCAAUCAGUUAUUCUGAACCAACAAACAAUCCCAGAGUUGAAUGGUACAACAUGCUGAAAUGAACAGAUCCUAAACAGUGUCCAGGCGUUGCUGGAUGCAUAUUAGAGAAGAAAAAGGAGAUCAACAGCUUCCUGGAGAAUAUUGAAAUGAAAAAAUCUCAUGACGCACUUUUAUUUGCAUCUGAAAUAUCAUACACCUACAUAAAUAAAGUCAUCCUCAUUAUGGAUACCAAACCUGAGACCCUUAAGAAAGUGAAUGACGAGUACAGUGAAGACCCUCACUUCUCUACCAAGGUGACAAUGACCUGUCUGGAUUCUAGCUCAUGUGCGCCAAAGGUCGAAACCGGAACAGUUUUAAAGAUCAUUGGCAGUAGUUCAGAAGAUGGAAACAGUCUGUCUGGAUAUACUGGAACUCAGCUGGCAUCCCUGAUGACAAAAGUCCAAAGAGCCUCUCUUUUUUCCAUCGCUGGUAACGUCAGCAGCACAUUCCGAAAUGACUUCAUAAAGGUUUUCUCACGCAUACAUGAUGUCAACGUUGUCUUGGAAACUACUAUUCAGAAUGACCAUGUCUACCAAAUUAUAGAUGAAACAGGUGCAAGUGUUAAAUAUCAGGUUCCAAAAAGACCUGUGGACCACAGCACCCAGUAUGACAAACAACACAUUCUCAUCAUGCAGGAUGAUCCGGUCGUUCGAGAUGCUGCGAAAUAUUUGUAUGGCAAACAUCCAGAUGUGAGCUCGGUGUACAUGCUUGAAAAUGAGAAACCCAAACUAAUCAAAGGAGACUCUGAGCCACUUACUGCAGAAAGCUGACUGGUGCUGGUAGGUCACGGAAAAAAAGGCAAUGAUGGAGAAAUGCACCUGGGAGGCUAUAAAGCUGAGAAGGUAGCAGACAUCAUUGAACACAUGAACAUAAAAGAAAACCAGAUCAAAACGAUUAGCGUGGUGGCCUGUGAAGUUGGGUCUGAUGAAACCUUCAGAAGCACUCUACUCAAAGAGCUUCAUGCUAGAUCCAUAAAAACAAAGCUUCAUUUGAGGAGUUCUUUGCUCCAGGUCACCCACACUGGACAGAAAAUUACUGCAGAAAUCAAUCCAGAUGGAUUAAUCUGGAAACACAACGAUGAUAGCAAGAAAGUAGUCUUGAAGCUGGAUAGGAAUGGUGAGGUUGUUACCCAAAUUCAGCCUGGAAACAGGGCCGAAGCCAUGUUUACAACAGAAAGAAACAUUUUGGGAAACAACUUUAUAGAUUCCUGGCCAGAAAAACCAAAGAGAUUUGUGUCUGAGGGCUUCCGUGGAAAGCACACUGAUGACCUUGAAGCUUUAGCUUGGGCUUUUUUUCAACAUCAAAAAGGUGAUCAAAUUAAUCAUCCAGAAUUCCAAAAUAAUGAGUGGUACAUAGUAUAUGAUUUACCAAGAAAAUGGGACCCGAUUAAACAAAACUACAUCAAAGAAGUCUCUAGAGGUUGGCUUACUUCUGAAGAAGACAUUAAGAAUAUUUUAAAUCAGUGCUAUGAACUGAAGUCUGGUGAGGACAUUUUAAAUGUGAUUACUAAAUAUGCACGCAUUGGGGAAAAAGACUACACAUAUUUAAUGCUAAAUGACUGGAUUUUUAAGGUGUCACCAGAUUUUCUUUAUGUAUAUUUAGUUGGAAAAAAGCUUAAUAGAGCUAAAACUACACGUAUUUAUGAAAUUAAAAACGCUAUUAGAGAACAGUUUAAUAAACAUUCAUAUAAACACAUUCAGAGUGGGAUAAACAAAUGCCAAGCAAGUGGCCAUUAUGCAGAUUAUGUCAAAGAAAGUUUACAAGGCACCUAUAAAAAAGAUAAUGUUGAGUCAGCUUUGAAUCUAAAUCAAGAGGCAUGGUUAAGCACAAUGUUCUUGGCAACAACGAUUUCAGAAUCAGCAAGAAAUUUCAGAUCAUUUCCUAUCACACUGAUGGCUCUGGAUUUGGCUCACAGCCAAAACACAAAUACAGCAGAAUUGGGACUUGAUUUUCUGUUAAACAAUCAUCCAAUGACAAGGGGUGGAACCUGGAUAAACACAAGAUUCCGGGGAUUUCACGGGUCAAGCAAAGCGGGAGGAAUAAAAACAGACAACCUGAAAGAGUUAAUAAUAAAAGAGGAUAAGGUUGUUAACGAAUGGUUUUCAUCCUAUAAUAGAGACGCAAUCAGACCAGAUAUGAUCAAACAAAUUCUUUCGUUGGUGUACGGUGAAAACAGACUGAAUACAGACAAAACCAUAAUAGACAACUUUAAAAAAUCCUACACAAACUUCAAAACAAAAAUUGAGAAUCAACCUUCCACUUCUAGAACUUUAGGAGGAUCACAUGAUGGACUGCCUACAUUACAGAAUGUUCAUGCAGCUGCUGAAGUAGAGAGUUCAUUAAAGUUUUCCUCAUAUUACUCCAGAUCAUCUGCCAUUCUUGCAGAGCACGUUCACAGUGAACUGCAGAAAACAUUUGGUGAGAAGGUGCAGAAGCUUCACGUGAAACCAGACAGUGUCACGAUCCGUGAUGGAGAAUUCCAAUGUGAGCUGGUGUUCGACACAAAUCUGGCUGAAGUAAAAAAGUGGAAGUUUCCAUUACCUGAAGAAAGCAAAAUUCUGAUGGAAAAGUUAAAGACAAACGUUAAGGAGGUUUCUGAGAUGACAACCAUACACACGACCUCUGUGCAUUUGGAGGAAGCGGGAAAGCUACUAGGUGUAACAGGACUACUGUUGAGUGCACAGGGAGCGGUUAAGGCUUUUGAACAUGGAGAUAUAAAAACUGGAGUUGUAGCCACUUUACAGACAAUCCAUGGAGUCACAGGAAUGACGCUGGCUGCACUUGGACAGCAGGUGACCGUUGUUGCUGAGAACAAAGCAAUGAAAGCCAUAUCAACUGGUUUAAAAAACCCUGCAUUCAAACGUACCAUGGGAAUAGUCAUGCCUGUUACUGGAAUUGCAUUCGGCAUCUACAACAUUGCAGAGGACCUCAAAAGAGGUGGUGCCCAGGGUAUGAUUGAUCUAACUCUUGACACUUUAAUGGUUGAUCUGGAUAUUGUAGAAUUUGUACAACCAGAACUGGCACCUAUUAUUAUUCCAGUCAACCUUGUACUGGGUGCAAUUCGCAUGACCAUUGAUAACAUCUACCUUGACAUUGAAUAUGAAUUAAAAAUCCUUCCAUCAGAUGCUACAGUUCUUGACAAGAUUAGAGCAGUUAUCGUAGGUUUUGGAGAAGCUGUUUUUCACACUAUGUUAGACAUAGAAAGCUUUUUUUACACCAUUCCUUAUCGUGAGAUUGAGAAUGGGCACAGAAUUGUAAAAGAAAUUUCUGACUACCAUGAAUAUUUUUCCAAAACAGAAGUGCAGGCUGGGAGAAAAGCCAUUAAUUUUGCAGGAGGUACGAGUUCCUGGAAUGGAGGAGGCAUUACAUUCUGCCUCUCUAAUGAAAGCUAUUCAGAAAUGUGCAUGAAUUAUUUUGUGUCUGCUGAUGAAAUAAUGAGUAAAAAGUGCUGGAAUAUUGACACAACUAAUACAAAUGAUAUAGUGUUGGGCAUUGGGGAGUCACACAAUUUAACAUACACCAACAUACAAAAAAAGAUUUUGAUGUCCAUACCAGCUGGUUCAGUAACAGUACCUUCUGGUUAUGAAGCUCUGACCUAUUCCAGAUAUGGAGCUUAUAGUGGAAAUAAUAAAGAAAAUAACUUUUUUGCUGUUCAGGAGAGUAAUGACAGUCAUCAAAUGGAGAUCAUGUUGAGCUAUUACUAUAAGCUAUAUGGUAAAGAAGGUAGUGACACUUUCUACUUAGGACCUCAGAGGAGCUACGUGGAAGGUCAGAGUGGAAAAGACAUUUACAUUAUUCCAAAAGAUGGAGGCUCCACCAUCAUCAACAAUUACGAUCCUCUCAAAGCCACAGAUCUUCUGAUUAUCAGCAUAAAUUAUGAUCAAAUAUCUGUGACCAAAAUUGAAAAUCAUGUUGUUUUGCAAUAUAAUAAUAACCAUUAUGUGAAGAUUUUAGAAUGGUUUACUGGAGAGGAAUACCGCCAUAUGAACCUAAUGUCUGCAGACGGAGUGCUGUUCGAUAUUUCUAAAGUUGUAUUUUCCUCUGUGAAACUUGUGGCCAAAGGAGUGAACAUGAUGUCAAAACCUGAGGGUCAGCUAGUGGACACAAACGAGUAUCUCCUUCUUACUGUAACAAACAUUGUGGGGUCUCCUUAUGAUGACCGGCUGAUAGGUAAUUCACAGAAAAAUCUGAUUGAUGGAGGAGGCGGUCAGGAUUUUUUAAUGGCAGGUGAGGGAGAGGAUGUUUAUGUUGUGAAGAAGGUGAAAGAUUCUAGAGUGCUAAUUGAGAACUAUUCCAGGAAUAAAGAAAUAGAUAUUUUAAUAAUAGAGGCAAACCUUCAUGACAUUAAAACAAAAGUAGAUGGAAACAGUUUAAUACUGAUUCCAUUUAAUGAUGACAGAACUGUUAAACUGAGAAACUGGUUCCAUUCUGAAGAACAAAGGCACUUAUUAGUUGUCACAAAUGACUUAUUUACCUUUAGUUUAUCAGAAGACAAAACUCUCUGCAGUCACUCAAACCCGAUCCACAGUAAGUGCAUCCAGAGCCAAAUUAUAAAUUACAGUGAGUCGACACGUCCCCUGGUGAUUGACCUUGAAACAGAUGAAGCCUAUUUAAACAUUACUGAAUUGCACGGCUCAAAUCUAAAUGAUAAUAUUAAAGGUAACGCACAAGGAAACACAUUCUAUCCAAGAUCUGGAUCAGAUUUUCUGCAGGGCCGUGGAGGCCAGGACUUGUACAUUGUGACACCAGGUCUUGGAGUUAAAAUCAUUGACAACUCUUCACCAGACAUGGCUCUUGAUACACUUUUCUUUAACGUAAACUACAGUCUCAUUAUAGUCAAAUGCUUUGAUACAAACCUUCUGCUGUUAGUAAAUGGAAACAAGGAAGUUUGGAUAAUUAACUGGUUUAAAUCAAAGAUGUCACAACACCUGCAGGUUCAAACAGCAGACGGCAUCAUUUUCAGUUUCCAAUCAAGUAAAUGCACAGAAAAUAUGAAGCUUCCAAAGUCUAUGGAUUAUAGAAAAAGUCAACCAGGCCAGAAGAUGUUAAUGAAUAGGUGGGAGUUUGUUUCUGUGGAGAAAAUGUAUGGGUCUCCUGGUUUUGACAUCAUGGUAGGGAAUAAUAAUGACAACUGGCUGGACCCCUUCACUGGUGGAGCAUUUAUGGAAGGUGGAGAAGGGAUGGACACUUACAUUGUAAAGCCAGAAUAUGGAAUUCGUUUAGAGAUUGAUAACUUUGCAAAUGAUGAAAAGAUAGACACUGUGCUUUUUCAGGCAGAAUUUCUAAGCACUCCUUUCAGAGUUGAUGGAGAAAAUGAUGACAUCAUCAUUUCAGCCAUCAAUAAAGGGGAAAACAUGAUGGUCAAACUUCGUAAUUACAGAGCAGGACAACAACACCAGCACUUAAGCUUCCAGAGUGCUGAUGGAGUGCAUUUCCGGGUGAGAUCUCCUGUUGCUAAUCAGUCUGAAGUCCUCCAAGAUCCUUGGAUUGAGGCUUUCAAAGUAAUCCUAAAAGACAAGCAGUCAGACUGCUAUAUAGAUUUGAGUUCUCAGGAAAACCUCUCUACUGUCUACAGAGUUCAGGGCUGCUCUGAUCAAUCCAAUGACAUUCAAGGAAAUGACCAGGACAAUACUCUGAUUGGUGGGUCAAAGAACGAUGUUCUAGAAGGAGGUGAUGGCCAUGACAGUCUGAUAGGUGGGGAUGGAAAUGACAUCUUAAUUGGAAGCCAAGGAAACGACACACUCUAUGGAGGAGAUGGGGAUGACACUUUGCUAGGAAGUAUAGGUUGGGACAUCUUUGUUCCAGGCCUAGGAGCUGACGUGAUAGAUGGGGGCCCAGGGCAAGACACAGUACUCUAUCAGGGCGAUCAUGAAAAAGGUGAAGGAGUCUAUGUAAGCCUGCUGAGUGGUGAAGGCCACCAAGCUGAUGCCGAAGGAGAUGUACUGAAAGAUGUGGAAAACGUGAUUGGCACUAUAUAUUCUGACAUUCUGGUCUCUGGUUACGAGCCUGCUCUGCUUAAAGGUUCAGAUGGAGAUGAUGUUCUUGUGUCUGUAACAGCAGGAGACUACCUGAUUGGAGGAGAGGGAAGAGAUAUUUACAUGAUAGUUCCUCACCACGGUCUGGUCACAAUUGACAACUGUGCGGAGGACAAUGCGACUGACAUCUUAUACCUGCCUUUUGUGACAGACAGUUCUUUUGAGUCCACAAAGAAUUCAUCAGGCCUCCACCUGAAAAUUGUCUUGGCUGAUAGCACUAUUUUGGAAAUAUUUCUAAAAGAUUUGGUUAACAACAGACAUGAAUGUGGUCAUCUGACUUUGAGUAUGGGUUCUGUGUUGUAUGAGUCUGACAAUAUUAUGGAACCUAUUAUGUCAAAAAUCUAUAAGUUAUAUAAUGAGUUUAUUUCAUUGAUGGUGAUGGUGACUUCAUACAACAUAUUUUAAUAUAAAAAAUA